CGGCUUUUCGCGCGGCCUACCGCCUAACAUUUUGAUGCUUUUCAUUUCCCAUUAGGGGAUUGCUGAAAUUGGGCAAAAAUCGGGUUCGAUCAUAUUCCUACAUAAUUUUGGAUUUUUGGGGCUCUUAUAGGUGGAGGAUCUGUCCAUUUCUUCGACGGGAAUCCAGAGUGGGAAGAAUACCUUUUCUCACAAAUCUGCCACAAAGUGUUACUUGAAGAUAAUAUAAAAAGAAAAAGAAAUGACCGCAUAUCAGCUAGAUCCUGAUGUUGUGAGGUGGGGCCUUCACCUUAUAGAUGUUUGCUCUAUUUCCAACAAUGGCUCUCCAGAAACACUUACUUGUUACGCCGAAGAUUUGUCCCACACUGUGUCUGUACAGGAAGGUUAUAUCAAUCCUACACACCCUUUUGUUGAGAACGACGAAGUUAUAGCUCAUGCUCUUCAGGAAGAAUUAGCGAAAGUGCCAAGCAGUCAUGAUUUAAGAUAUUCUGCAUCCGAUGUAGAGCAGCAUCAGAGUGAGUCUGUUCUUGCUCAGGAUUGGCUUGGUCCGUCAGGAAGGCACGGAAAUAUUGGGUUUCAUGGAAACCAAGAAGAAUCAAACAACACAGAGAAAGUUUUGUCCGACUUCGAAGAAUUAUCACUUGGAGAAGAGCAUCAAUGUGUCUUACCAGAGAUAGAAGAUGAAUCAGAUCUUGACGGUGAAUUGGGCAAAAGGCUGAAUCAGAUGAUUCCUGUGCCUCAUGUUCCUAAAAUAAAUGGAGAAAUACCAUCUGCUGAUGAAGCCACAUCAGAUCAUGAAAGACUUCUGAAUAGGCUGCAGUUGUACGACUUAUUUGAACUCAAGAUUUUGGGAGAUGGUAAUUGUCAGUUCCGUUCGCUGUCAGAUCAAAUAUACCGAACUUCAGAGCAUCACAAAUUUGUUCGAGAACAAGUUGUUAACCAGCUGAAGUCACAACCUGAGCUGUACAACAAUUACGUCCCCAUGGCUUAUGCUGACUACUUGAAGAAAAUGAGCAAAUCAGGGGAAUGGGGUGAUCACGUCACAUUACAGGCCGCGGCAGAUUCUUUUGGCGUCAAAAUCUUCAUCAUUACGUCGUUUAAGGAUACGUGCUACAUCGAGAUCCUUCCACAAAUCCAAAAGUCGAAUAGAAUUAAAUGCAGUUAUAUUCUUGAGCUUCUGGGCUGAAGUACACUACAAUUCGAUCUAUCCUUUAGAAGAACUGCCGGAUAAUGCUCCGGUGGAGGAGGAGAGCAAGAAGAAGAAGUGGCGAUGGUGGAAAUGAAAAGCUCGAUGGCGACGACGAAAUCAUCGAUGCAUCUGCAGCAUCUCAGAUGAUCCAUCCUCUUGAGGUUGAGGUUAGUUUGAUCUUUGCUUUGCUGCCUUAUGUACAUAAAGCACAAUUUUGAUGUUUUCAACUUUGGAUGGUUUUGGGAUGGCUGAGAGAGAUUGUAUAAAUAUACACUACUAUAUGCUUCAUUAGAUUCAUGACCCCAACACUAUUAUUGAUUUUAUUUUUUUUAA